AUGCGUUUCUCAACCCCACGAUUGCUCGCCACCUUGUUCGGCCUGUGUCUUGCUUUUCCUCAGGCAGCGGGCUCACCAGUGACUCGCCGCAACGAGACUACCUGCCGAAAGACGAAAGUGGUGAUACUCGGUGCUGGCGUAGCAGGAGUGACAGCCACACAGGCAUUAUCCAAUGCAUCAGUCACAGACUUCAUCAUCGUCGAGCGCAACAACUACAUUGGUGGACGUGUUGCCCACACCACUUUUGGCUCCAAGCCCGACGGGUCAGGUCCUUACAUCGUUGAGCUCGGUGCCAACUGGAUCCAGGGACUGGGGUCACCAGGCGGACCUAAAAAUCCGAUCUGGACAUUCGGCAAGAAGUACAACCUCUCGAACACAUACUCGAACUACAGCUCGAUCCUGACGUACGAUGAGACUGGGGCGAACGACUACUCGUCCGUUCUUGACACAUGGGAAGAAACUUACGCAGUGGCGGAGGCUAAUGCCGGUGCUGCACUCAGCGGGAACCUUCAGGAUCUCAGUGCUCGUACCGGCUUGAGCAUGGCGGGCUGGAAGCCGAAGAAGGAUAUGCGAGCCCAGGCGGUGGAGUGGUGGAGCUGGGACUGGGAGACAUCAGCACCCCCAGAGCAGAGCAGCUUCGUCUUUGAAGUUGCCGGGAACAACCUCACGUUCAACCAGUUCAGCGAUGAGAACAACCUCGUCACGGACCAGCAAGGUUUCAACAAAUUCGUGAUCGGCGAGGCCAACGAAUUCUUAACUGCUGAUGAUACGAGGCUGCUUCUCGAGAGAGUCGUCACAAGUGUGGCAUACUCCGAACAAGGCGUCACUGUUCAACUCGAUGACGGAGACGAAUGCAUGGAAGCAGAGCACGCAGUCUGCACAUUUUCACUCGGAGUCUUGCAGAACGAAAUCGUCAACUUUGACCCGCCUCUGCCGACCUGGAAAUCGGAAGCCAUCGAGUCAUUCCAGAUGGGAACCUACACAAAGAUUUUCUUUCAAUUCAACGAGACGUUCUGGGAUCCUGACACGCAAUUUUUCCUUUAUGCGGAUCCCGACGAGCGCGGCCGUUACCCUGUCUGGCAGUCACUUUCAACGCCCGGAUUUAUGCCGGGCUCGAACAUAAUAUUUGCUACAGUAGUGGGGUCUCAAUCAUACCAGGUCGAACAGCAGUCUGAUGAGGAGACCAAGGCCGAUGCUCUUGAAGUGCUUCGGGCUAUGUUUCCCGACAAAGAGAUUCCAGAACCCGUUGCGUUCACGUAUCCAAGAUGGAGCCAAGAGGAGUGA